UUUGAGAAGAAUAAAUAAAAAAGUCAGUAAUAACAAAAAAUAAAAUAUUAAAGAAAGCAAGUCUAACUGAGCUGAAAAUGAUACCGUAAUUAGAUCUGGUUCUUGAUUAAAAAGAUCUCAGAAACCCAUCUUUUUUUUGUCAUUUCUUGAUUUGAGUGUUCAUAAUUAGAUAGCCAUGUCAAGGAGGCCAGGAAAUCCAGCUAGACGCUUAGCUGAUGGUGGAAGCCUUCCUUUUGUUGGAUCUGUCCAUUCAAAAUCACGUUCACCGCCUUUACUGUCUAUUGGCCUAGUAGUUGUGGGUGCAGUGCUUCUGAUUAUAUAUUGUUAUAGUGGCUCAGGUGGUCAUAUCAGUGAAAGAGAAGCUUUCAAUAAAGGGGAAGCUGUGUCAUGCACAUUAGAAGUCCAAAGAGCAAUCCCCAUCCUGAAGAAGGCUUAUGGUGACAGCAUGCAUAAGGUGUUGCAUGUAGGUCCUGACAGUUGCUCUUUAGUAUCAAAAUUAUUAAAAGAAGAAGAUACAGAAGCUUGGGGUGUGGAACCAUAUGACUUGGAUGAUGUGGAUGUCAGUUGCAGAGGUCUUGUGCGCAAAGGCAUUGUACGUGUGGCAGAUAUCAAAUUUCCCCUGCCAUACCGGGCAAAAUCAUUUUCACUUGUUAUAGUUUCAGAUGCAUUGGAUUACUUGUCUCCUAAAUACCUUAAUAGAACUCUUCCUGAAUUGGCAAGGGUUUCUGCUGACGGCAUCGUUAUUUUUUCUGGUUCGCCAGGUCAGCAUAAAGCAAAAGGUGCCAAGUUAUCUAAGUUUGGUCGGCCGGUCAAAUACCGAAGCUCAACAUGGUGGAUAAGGUUCUUUAUUCAAAUUAGCUUAGAAGAGAAUGAAGUUGCUGCAAAGAAGUUUGAGCAAGCUUCAAUCAAGAAGUCAUAUGAACCAGCCUGCCAAGUUUUCCAUCUCCUGUCAUACCGUUAAGAAUCUCUGCACUUAUAACAUCUUUUGCAGUAUCUGCACCUUGGCGAAAACCACACCAAUGAGCACCUUAAACACCCGUAGGGUAAAUUAUUUUGUGGAAACUAAAAACUUGCAUUCUUUUCUACCAUUAUAUAUAGUAAAAUUUUUGUUAUCAUUUAUUUCAUUAUUUAUUUACUGGGGAAGUUGCCAUGCA